AUUUAAUCCAUAAAUUCCGCAGCAUCGCCUUCCAGAACAUUUCAACCAUGUCCACCUCUUGCACCCCCCCUUUCAUCAAAAUGACCGAACUGGACUCUAGACCAGACAUGCCCAUAAUCAUCAAUACUGUCCCUCCAAACUUUCCUCCAAGUGCUCUGGAGUCAGGAGAGCAAAUAAUCCAUCUUGACGCUGGUGCGCACAGCAUGGUUGUGGGGCAUAUUGACCUCAUUCUUGCCAAUCUCUAUCGAGCAUCGGCAUUCAUUGCGUUGAAGACUGGUGUUGACGCUUCCCAAGUAUCGCUCCUGCCGCUUUUAGUAGGUGCCUGUAUCUCAAAAUUCCAAAUUGGUGCUAUUCGACUUGAGCUUGCACCUGGGCUCGAUGAAACGCCAUCCUUGUCAGGGGGGCCUAACAAUGAAGCAGCAUUACAACAAUCAACCGACAGCUCAGAUACCAGCAAUGCUGAGACAGCACUCGAUCCUGGAAGUAGUUUCACUCUUUUCCAACAUACCUUUCCCGACAUGUACAGUCUCACGUAAAAUACAUCUAGUUGGUCGCCAUUCUGCAUGCGCGAGUAUAAAUAGACUUGAUUGCCAUUCUGCAAGCACGAGCGCCGAUUGAAAGGGGGAGGCACAAGCAAUAAUAUGAUUAUUGGUCCUGUUGAGCAGUGUUGCAACGCGUUACAACAUGUUACAACAUUGGCUUCACCGUUCUAACGCGUUGUAACAAUUGACACAUGUUGCAACGUUUCUGGAAAUGUCAUAACACUUGGGAAACGUUACAACACCGCCGGAAACGUUACAACGUUUAAGCCAAAGUUAAAUGCGUUGUAACGCAGAAAAGUGUUACGAGC